GGCGCAGAGCAGUGGAGAGCGUCUCGGACAACAUGAAGCAGUUCAAGCUUAUAAAGCAGCCUCAGAAGAUAGGUUUCUGGGCGGCUUCACGGCGGACGGCGACGGCCUUCGCGCCGUUGGCCAAGCGGCUCAGGCGUCGCAGGCUGGCCAUGCUGCGCAGGGCAGCAGGCCGCAAGGCAGCGAAGCUCACGGCCCCUGGGCUCACGCCGCCGGCCGGACAUGGGGCGGGCGUCUCAGUGCUGGCGGACCGCUCGCUGGCGCCGCUGGGAACCUCAGCAGCUAACGCGGCAGGGGCAAAGCCAGGCUGCGGGGCCACAGCCGUCAUGGUUCGGCAGGAAGGGGCCCCCUGCGAUCCCACGGUGGAGGCCAUUGCCCCCUCGAUCACCAGACUGGCAGGCUGGAUCUGCGAAGGGCAGGGGUCGCUGGCAGAGCUGCAGCGCGCUUGGCUUCGGCUCGCUCAAAAAGCUGAAGAAGGAAAGCUCGCGCUGGCCACGGCCAGAGGCCUCCGGGGGGCGGCCUGGCUGUCACUGGCCAGGAUUGGCUGGAAG